AACAAUACAGUUUAUGCAUAAUAUAUACGCCACUGUAAGACAAGUUUCGCCAACUCAUUUUCGUAUUAAAAUGAAUGUGUUUUAAUUCUGGAUUUUAGACAGUGAUAUAACUUCCUUAGCACGGUUUUCGCGAUCAGACAGAAUGAAUUUUAGACCUUUUUUCUGAUAUGAUUUUAAUUUUUGGAUGAUAAUGUAAAAAAAAAGCAAGAGAGAAAUAUGUGUAUCACUUAAGAGGAUUUUCUUUUCAUAAAAUAAUGAGGGACGGAGUUGACUUUUGAUUUUUGUCAGGUUAAAGAAGAUACAUAUGCGAAAUAAGGAAGAUCAGGGUUAUAGGAACCCAGCUUAUAUUUAUGAUGAAGGAAGAGGUGGCGGUGGACCAGACUCACGCUCAGGGUCUUCAACAUCUUCGAAAUCUAGCAUGAAGAUCAUAAGCACAAAGUUGAAAGGUCAAGGUCGACGUCGAUGGCUUACGUUAGCUUUGAUUCUAGUUAUAGCAAUCGUUAUCAUCAUCGCAGUGACGACAGCAAUCUAUUUCACAAGAAACAAUAAUAAAGGUUCGUCUACUGGGAAUGGCGGGGAAUUUCAACACACUAUUACCAUUGAAACAAGCACGUCAGUUCCAAACACUACAACUAAACCUGUAUCUACAGCACCACCUACAUCUAAACUGACAUCAACGUUGUCAGUAUCAACAAAGACCACUAAACCUACAACAAAACAACAUGUAACCUCAGCUACAAUCUCAGCAACGACAACAACAACAGCAUCAACAACCACGCAAUCCUCAACCUUACAGACCUCUCAGCCAACAACCAGGCGAACCACAACAACAACAGUGGUGACGACAACAACUUCAGCUACAACAAGCACAACAAGCAGUGUAAAUACGCAACCGAGCACAAAUAUAACAAUAGUUUCAUCAACCAAAGAUCCGACUAAUAACAAGUCAGGCAAUUUAUCUGUAACUAUGUCAGACAUUCUGUAUCAUCCCGAUGAAGUCAAAUCUGUGACACUGAGAUGUGAAGGUCGUCACCAAGGUGAUUGGAGAACGCUUACAAUCAGACGACAAUUCAAAGAUGGAUAUGAGCCCGUUGGUGUUGCCGUGUUAAACGAAGAAAAUGAAGUGGAAGUUUUUAAAUUUUAUCCGAAUGUGACUCAUGUAAUCAGCAUUGUUGACAAUGAUGUCACAUUAACUCUAACAUUUGACCCGUUUUUGUGUGCAGAAUUGACAAAUUUUACAUGUGCAAUGGCAAAUGCAGAAGAAACAGCCACUACAAGGGCAAAUAUAUCGAUUUACAUGCCUGAGCCAGUUAUUACUCUACCUCAUGCUAUAGUUGAAGACAGGAAGAUAUCUUUGCGUUGUGUUACCGAAGUUUGGGGAUCGGACGCAACAGUCGUCUGGAAAUUCAAACCAGAGUACAACACAAAAUUUAUGGACUUUAGUGUGCAACCGGCCAAUAAUAUUACCCGGAAGAACUGUUCCACUGUAAUUAACAGUAGUUUAGAAUUCAAUCCAACCAUGUAUGAGGAUGGUGCUGACUUCCGGUGUGAGAUAAAAGAUCAGACUUUUCACCCUCAAGUGAUUCAAGAAACUAGUAGUGACGUCACGUUAAAGGUUGUACCCAGCACUUACUGCGAAGGAAAGCGACAGUUUACAAUUCAUCCCCAUCCUCAUGGACCUUGCACGUUGGUUGUUUAUUGUCUAGAUACGGGUCCCCUUGUAUAUGAAAUCGAAUGCGAGCCUGGCCACUGUUACGACUACGUGAAAACAGCAUGUGUGCCAGAGAACACUUUAUGAACGUGAGACGGUAUACAUACGUUUUCAGACCAAUUUUAAAACGUACACAACAUGUCGGUUAAGUCGGACUACUCGCUUACCAUUGAAUUUGUGCAUUCUGGGACUUGUCAGCUUUAACUUUUAGCAUGCUAGAUAAAUUGUCGUCUGCUGGAAAUGUCGUCUGCUAAAAUUGUAAAGUUCAUUCAAUUUGCUCCAAAAUUGGAAGAAAUAUUGUCAGAGUAGCAAACAGCUUGGAACCUGAUCAGACGCCGAUUUAAUCGGCGUCUGAUCUGGUUCCAAGCUGUUUGCAAAGGCUGUUAAAUUCGCCUGCAGCAGGCUAAGGGUUAAUAUGUUACAAAUAAUAUACAGGGUAUCUCCGUGGUCUUGUAAGAGAGUUUAAUUGACAUUUACGAAGUGAAGUAAAUGUACGAAAAUAAGUGAUAUGUUAUAGAUUUUGUUCAUUGGGUAUUUCAAUCAUUUAGAUGAACUAGAUGUACAAAAAUGCAGGCAUGAACAAUUUCUGUGUUUCAUUUGCUUUUGUUAUUAAUCUGUCAAAGUUACUAAUAAACUUUGAUAAUGUGGCAGUUGAGUCCAAUAAGUACAGGGGUAUUCAAUGAUAAUCCGUCAUAGAUCUAUUGUAAAGCAAAUAUUGGAUUUACCUGUAUUGGAAAUUAAACAGUGUCGAUUGUAUUUAGGUCAACUGCCACAUUAUCAAAGUUUAUUAGUACCUUAAAUUAGUAAAACUUGAUGUAAAGGUAUAUGACAUUUGUUACGGUCUCGAAACAGUAACAAUGACACAAAUAUAACUGUUAUGUCUAUAUACAAUUUGCUGCGGUUGUAUAGUAUUUAUUCCGGUAAAGGAAUGGCAAAAGCUUUCCUGUUUAAUUUUUAAACACAGCUAAGUUCAUAUUCCUUUUUGUAAACUUGAUUUAUCGUUGUGCAAGAUUUUUCUCGAACGUAACGUAAUCGAACAGUGUCACGUUGUUACAUUUUUUUAGCUUAGUUUACUUUAUGCUUUCACUGCAAGUGAAGUUAUUUUAAACUACGGUUUAUUUACAGUAGCAAAAUGUAUUAUAUAAGAGCAUUUGUUUACUUUCAAGAAAACUUACAUGUUUACAUCAUCAAAACUUACUGGGAAAAAAACCAUAGUUUUGUAAGAAUUGAGAUAAAAGAUAUAAUGAUGUGCAAAAACUCGACGAAAUGGUAUUUGAGUUUUUAAGUUCUUACAUUUUGUCUAAAUAUUUUGCAAUAUUUCAUAGAGAAAGUAGUGUUCAUAGGAUCACAUUACGACUGAGCAUGUGUAUAGUGUUUUUGGCUUUGUGUAUGACCUGUUUGAAAUUGUGUAUGUGUUUUUUUUCCAUUUGAAUGUUUGCGUUAUGAUUCAUUCUAUUUUUCGAAAUUUACAUCUGCUUUUACGUACAGAUACGUAUGAUUUUAUUCAUGAGAUAAAUAUAUCACCUACAGUAAGAUAGGGUUAUUACAAUAGUAGCUCGAUCGGGAAUGCUGUAUUUGGCUCGAGUGGAUGUUGCCAGAUUGGAUAUCACGAGACGCAACAGCGCCGAGUGUAAUCCGUACUUGCAAAAUACACGAGAGCCGUAUACAAAAUCCCAGAUUUUGAUACUGUUGUUAUGAUCCUUUUAUUAUAUACCUUCACCUUUUUCUAUGGAACGAAAUCUUCAAUGUUUGUCGAUGAUAAAAUAGGAAUUAAGUUUUUUGUGUGCGCUGUGUCAGGCAAUGCAUAUUAAAUGAAAGUAGCCCGGCAACAUACAAUACAAAAGGUACAAUACGGAUUUUUUUUCUGCCUGAUCAUAAUUACUUAUGAAACACAAGCAGCAUUUUUGACAAAAUUUAUAUAGCUAAUUAAUUAAGAUAUUUAUUUCAUUUCUUCUACUCUGAAGCUUAAAAUUUGUGUUAGAAUGUGAAUCACUAACGAUAUGCCUGUUUUCAGGCAUGACUGAAUUAGACGUAAUAUCAGACUGAAAUGAAAUGAAAGUGAUAAUUACGACUGAGUUGGACUAAGUUUACAUUAGAAAAUGGUCAUGUUUUUUGUUGUUGUUUUUUUUUUAAUUCCACUGAAAAUUUUAGACAGCGUAUGAAAUUAAUUGUUUUUAUCACAUUGCUGUAUAAUUUAAUGAAAUAUGACAGAAAACGUUAAAAAAAACUUUAUUACAGUUACAUAACUUAUUUCUUUAAUUACCGCAUGACUCCAUGGGCAUUUUAAGUGCCAGAAAACAAAACUUUUAUCUAAAUGGAGUCCUCCAUCACGAACCAUAGUUGUAAACAUAUGACAGACCUUAAACUGUAUUGUGACAGGCAGCUCCAUUCUAAAGAAUUUUGAAAAUGACAGUCUGAGCUAUGAUGUUUUUGAACACAAAAUGGCGAAAAUAUUUAUACAAUUUAUAUAUACAUGCGGUUAUUCAGAAUUUUUUUUCAUGCAUAAGGUGACAUAUUGAGCCGUGC